UAAAAAAUAUUAUCAAAUAAAUAAAUAAAUUUAAAUACGUUUUGUACACGUAGAAAGCCUAUACGAAAUAAGGGAUUCCUCAAAGAUAAGAUAUCAAUGGAGCGGCUGUAACCUGGAGGUCACGGUCUGUCCUAUAUAACUGGAACUCACAACUGAAGCACCUUACUACCAGAUCCAAUCUCACGCAGCCAACACCAAAGCGGAACCAGCUUUAGUAUUCGCGGCCGCAGCGGACAACGCGUUCGCUACCAGUGAUUCUGUGACAGUGUAUCCACGUUUACCCGCCAAAAUGAAUAGCUACGUCAAAAUUGCCUUAGUAUUAUGCGGGUGCCUCGCGUUAACAUCAGCGCAGUUUAAUUAUGGUUUCGGUAAUGGUUACCUCGGUAGCUUCGGCGGUGGAUAUACUGGUCUUUCAGCGAGGGAUCCCAGAGCGAAUACUGGACCCGUGGUCUUCCCCCCAUCUCCCCCCGGUGACCCAUCUCAGACUAGCGGCGUUGUAGCUGGAGCUUCUGGUUAUGGUUUCCAACCACCAGGCGCACAAGGUCCAGCGUUCCCUCGAUACUAUUACAGCAGAUACUUCCUAAGAUAAAAGAAAAAUGAAACAAAAUCUUGUAUAAAGUAAUUAAUUAUACUUUAAUAUUAUUUAAUUUGAUAUUGUAGGGUACUUUACAUUUAGUAUAAUACACUUGUAAAUAUGUAAAACGAAUUUCACACGAAGAGGCUAGAGAGAAUCUUUUGUUUCUCUUAUAAAAUUAUUACGAUCUUAGAUAUUUACGAAAUUAUCUAGAUGUGUAAAUUAUAAUUUGAUUUUUAAUAAGUUAAUAAAUUUUAAGUACUGGCACCAAUAACCAUUGUUGCUUGAAGAGCUACAGUAUAUAUUUUGUAAAUUCAAACUAAAAUAAGACAUGUAAAUCUUUUUAUAUGUUUGUAAUAUACGUAUAUUAAUUUUAAGGCGGCCUUAUAGUAAAUUAUUCGUAAAAUAAAUUUAUGUUUGUAUAAAGUUAAAGUUUUUGAAUAAAACUUCAUAAAUAUUUCUUUGGUAAAAAUUUGUGUCAAGAAUGUCAAUUAUCACGCAUUUUUGUUCUGUAAUACCAGUGUUGCAACUUGCAAAUAAUAUUUCGAAGAUAAAUAAUAUAAGAGACUCUGUCAUUAAUAAUUUAUUGCGCCUCACAGAACUAUGUUACCACUUACAAGUAGCAAAAGAUUUAUUUUUAACAAAACUAUGUUUA